UAUUAAUAAAUCAUAUAUUACUUUUGCGAAAAAUAUUUCAAAAUAUGCUAUUAUAUGUCUCUAUGUUCAACAGAUAUAAUAUUCAAAAUUAAGAUCGUUGCGUGCAUCGCCAGUGUGAAUCAUCUUAAGUCGAAAUCAUCGAAAUUUGAAUAAACCCAUCGCACUUGUCGCGGAUCUAUCUUCGCAGCAGGACGUCGUCCAGUGGUCAUCCGGUGACAUCUGAACUGUUAACUCGUUUGCCACGCAAUUCUCCCUGUUCUCUCUUGAACUGAUAGCUUCGAUCCUAUCGGAUAAUUGAGAAGUCACGCUGCUCUUCGCACAUCUUUCGCGAUGAGAACGAUCCGCGAAAGAUGUAACGCAAGUGACACGCGGAAAUAUCUCGAGUAAAUCGUGUGAAUCAAGUGAAAUGUUUACAGCGUCAACUUUGAUGUAUGUACCAGGGUAGUAAGCUGAAGGAUGAAAUUAUAUUGCUCGACGAGUUCACGUAAUUUAGGCUCGUCAUAGCGAAAGCCCGGACGAUCAGUUUAUCAAUAAUGAACAAAAAUCACAUGGAUAAAAGACUGAAUCAAUUGCCAACUUGGUUGUGGACCAGUUCCACCACAUUACCACCAAUCUACAAGAUGGUAUGGGAAGCAGUGAGAGAAGACAAAGUCAGGACAAAUGGAAUGCAGACAGAGCUGCUGGUUGACACUAACAAGGUCUUUCCUUUAUUGCUCACUAGCCAGUUGCCUACGGAGGUUCUCGGACACAUAUGGAACUUGGCUAAUCAAAAGUAUGCGGGUCAACUCACUGAACAAGAGCUGUACAUUGUUCUUGCUCUUGUUGCUGCUGCACAAGCUUCUUACACGUUCAAUAGCUUGGACAUAUUACAUUUACUUCCAUUUCCACCCACACCGUACUUAAAUAUUGACUGCUUAAUGAACCUACAGCCUGUAACUCAGUUAAAUUCAGCAGCUAAGUUUCAAAAUCUUCAAGAGAACACAGAAAUUGGAUUUAUCGGAUCUGAUGGAAGGUAUCCCUUGGAAACUGGAAAGGGAAGGCUGAAAUUACAUCAGCAAGGGAUCAUAUCUUCAGACUUAAACGCGCAAAUGAUAAAUAAUGUACCUGGAAAAAUUACAUGUUUUGAUAAUAAGUCUUAUGCCUCUUCUACUGGAAUAUGGGAUACCAAUAACGAGCUGAAAGAUAUAAAUCAAACUUCCGAUCCACAAUUAGAUUCUAAACAUCCACCAGCAGAUUUGUGUGAUGAUUUUUCUGAGUUUCAAAGCGCUCCAAUUUCCAACAUUCCCAAUAUUCCAAAUUGGGAUAUAAAACAGGGUUCGGCUAUUGGAAGCAGACUUGCAAAUCAUAAUCUAGGUGUUAAAAAACCAAUGGAGAAAUCUAAGAAGAAUAAUAUAAAUGCUAAAUCUGCUCAUGGCACUACUCAAACUCAUAUUACUUCUAUACCAUUAACUAUAACUCAGAGUAAAGAUCAGUCAACGCUAGAUUGUUUGUCAGAAUUAUUUCCUAAGUGUACAAUAAAAAAUCAAUCUAAAACAGUAAUUCUUAAGGAUACAGUGAUAAGAAAUAAUGAUCCGCCCAAGGACCAUAGUGAGAAUGUGAAAGAUUAUACAAAUACAGAAAUUGUAAAUGUAACUAAUGACAAAGAUGUGUUGAAUAAAUUAGAGUGGAUGGAUAAGGCUUCAUCAGCAACAUUGGAACAGGAUCUUAUGAAUCUCCAACUUGUUGAAGAUAAAUAUAGUGCCUUGCGUGCAUUGGUUCAAGAAACAGCUGUGUCAAUUGAACCAGAUGUAAAUGCAAGUUACAGCAAUCAAUCAACUGACGAAUUUGGAGAGUUUGUGUCUGCAGAGCAACCUGCUAUUAAUACUCCUGCCACAAAUGCUUUAGAUACCGAUAGUUUUGCUGAUAUUUUUACAGAUUUUGAGUUUAAAUCUAAUAAUAAUAAUGCAAACACAGGAGAUUUUAACCUCAUGCCAGAUAUUUCUGAAUCAUUUGACAAUCUUAAGCUUGAAGAUAAUGUAGAAGAACGUUCCUUAGAAAUAGGGAAAGCUCUUCAGAAGGAAGAUGCCAUAUCAAUUAAUAGUAUAGAAUUCAUGAAUGGUGCAUCAAAUGCAUUAACUCGAUCAGGAUCUGUGCCUAGUUUAGAUCUUAAGUCUUUCUUACCUUCCACUACAGAAGAUGAGCAAAUAAUGGAUACUACACAUCAGUCAGAAUAUUGGGAAUGGAAGCAAUACAUGGAGAGCUGUGUAUUAUUAUUACAAGUAGCUGCAAAUAUAUUUACAAAUAUUAAUUCAGAACUUGUAUUGCACGAAGUUUUAAAUUCAGCACAAGGAUACAAUUUUCUAUGCAACUUAGCGGAAGUCGCAGCUGUUUGCAGACGGGUUAAUUUUUCGUACAAAGAAAUGGAUAUCAAUAUAAUAGGUUUUGAUGAAUUAUUAAUGGAUAUUGAUCGAAUUUGGGCAGAGAUGGAACCGUUUUAUGCAAACAUACCAAUCGUUACAGAAUUACCAGCUUGGCCUUUACAUCAAGGUGAAGCUAUUUGUUGUUCGCUUUGUUUAACAGUUAUUACUAGUGGCAGAGCAAUGUAUAAUGAAAAUAAUUAUCACGUUACUUGUGCUAAUUUAUGGCUUAAUUGUGUAAACAGUAACUUGCCUGUGAUGCGACAUCCAAUUUAUUCUCAUUCUAAUAUAUGUACAGGUAACAAUCACAUUUGAUAUUAAUCUACAUUAGAAAGAAAAAAAAUUAAAAAAUUCGUAAAUUUUUAAUGUACACACAUUAGAAA